AUGGCUUUGCCUCACAGGACGUGGAACUUCGACAUUGAUCGACUUCUUAAUCCGUUGGUGCCGUCACCGCCAUGGCGUUUCUUGCCCUACCCCGUAGCAAGGUGGCUUGGAUAUCGCAAGUCAAAACCACAGGGCACCGGCAACAUUAUGCCCAUUCUCUGGGCCUUCAUUGGCGCCUUUGUCGCCAUUCUCAUGAUACAGGCUGUGUCGAAGCGAGUGCCGUCAUUCGAGGCACGAGGCGCCCCCAUGAUUGUGGGCAGUUUUGUAAGCCCUUGUCCCAGUUUUGCCCCCUUCCUUGUGCCAGACCAGAGGACUGCCAGACUGUUGGACCGAUUCCGCACGUCAUGGCACGAAACGAAGCAGACUCUAACUUCACCACCACGACAGGGCGCGGCUGCGGUUCUGGAGUUUUACGCAAUCGAAUCGCCCCUUGCCCAGCCUCGGAAUGCCAUCUUGGGACAGCUGGUCUCGACAUUUGUUGGGAUUGCCAUUGGUAAACUUUUCCAGCUGAGUGACAGCUUCAAGGACAUCCAGUGGCUUGGCGGAGCUCUUGCCUGCGCCUGCGCAACCGCUCUGAUGGCUUUGACCAAGACUGUGCACCCGCCUGCAGGGGCCACGGCGCUGCUCGCCGUUGUGGACGAUACCUUGGUCCACCUCGGAUGGUUUAUGCUCCCCGUCGUCCUGCUGGGAUGUGCGCUUAUGCUCGGGGUAGCGCUGCUGGUCAACAACCUGGAAAGACGUUUCCCGAUGUACUGGUGGACUCCCGAGGACCUUGGCACCGGAAGAUCCAUACUACGCAGACGCCAUUCGACUGAAUCGAACAAAGACGAUGUAGACGAAGAAAAGGCAGAAGACGGCCUCGCGGCACCGGCAUCGGCGGUCACUUCCAGAAAGUCGACCGUUGGAGAUGCCGGCAACAAUGUCGAGUCGAGCGACAGUGAUGCGGUCGGAGGCACGAGCGUGAGGUUUACGAAUGCCCAUCAGCAUGCUGGGGAAGUCGUUAUUAGACGAGGAGAAGUGAUUGUGCCGGAACACAUGUUUCUUACGCAGGAAGAACAGCAGCUUCUAGAGACUCUUACAUAUCGACUGUAG